AGUAUUAUGGAUGCUACCUUCCCUUCCCCCAGCCAGCCCGUAUAUCCAUUGUCAGCCUAAGUAUGCCCAUGCUUCUGUGCUGAGAUCCUGCUCAGGAAUGAGGGUUUCUCCAAGAUGCCCUUUGGCAGCUCUGAAGGGAAAGCAUGUGGUUUGGCAGAGCAGUCUGGCAUGCAGGGUCAGCAUGCUGGUGAUUCUCCUGAACUGUGUGACGCUGGGCAUGUUCCACCCCUGUGAAGAUACUGCCUGUGGCUCCCCACGCUGCAGGAUUCUCCAGAGCUUCGAUGACUUCAUCUUUGCCUUCUUUGCUGUGGAAAUGAUAGUCAAGAUGAUUGCACUAGGGAUCUUUGGGAAGAAGUGCUACUUGGGAGACACGUGGAACCGCCUGGAUUUUUUCAUCGUCAUAGCCGGCAUGCUGGAAUACUCCCUGGACUUGCAGAACGUUAGUUUCUCAGCUGUUCGGACAGUCCGAGUACUGCGGCCACUGAGAGCCAUUAACAGAGUCCCCAGUAUGCGCAUCCUGGUGACCCUUCUCUUGGACACACUGCCCAUGCUGGGGAAUGUCCUCCUCCUCUGUUUCUUUGUCUUCUUUAUCUUUGGUAUCGUGGGAGUCCAGCUAUGGGCAGGGUUGCUCAGGAACCGCUGUUUCUUCCCGGAGAACUUCAGCAUUCCUUAUACAGUAGAGUUGGAAAGAUACUACCAGACAGAGAACGAGGACGAGAACCCCUUCAUCUGCUCCCAGCCGCGGGAGAAUGGCAUGCGCUACUGCCGCAACAUCCCAACGCGGAGAGAAGAAGGUCUAGAGUGCACCCUAGACUAUUACUCCUAUAAUGAUACCACUAAUACCUCCUGUGUCAACUGGAACCAGUAUUAUACCAACUGUUCAGCUGGGGAGCACAACCCCUUCAAAGGAGCAAUCAACUUUGAUAACAUUGGCUACGCAUGGAUUGCAAUAUUUCAGGUCAUCACGCUGGAGGGCUGGGUGGACAUCAUGUACUUCGUCAUGGACGCACACUCCUUCUACAAUUUCAUCUACUUCAUCCUCCUGAUCAUUGUGGGGUCCUUCUUCAUGAUCAACCUCUGCUUAGUGGUCAUAGCAACCCAAUUCUCAGAAACCAAGCAGCGGGAGAGUCAGCUGAUGAAGGAGCAGCGGGUCCGUUACUUGUCCAAUGCCAGCACGCUGGCCAGUUUUUCUGAGCCAGGGAGCUGCUAUGAUGAACUUCUCAAAUAUUUGGUUUAUGUUACCCAGAAGGCCAGCAAACAGCUGGUUGAAGCUUAUAGAGCAGCAGGGUUGAAAAUGGGGCUCCUCUCCAGCCCUGGGAAUAAGAACGGGACUGAUAGGCAGCCCUACAAACAUCGUCAAAGGAAAAGAUCAUCUGUGCACCAUCUAAUUCACCAUCACCAUCACCACCACCAUCACUAUCACAUGGGCAAUGGGAACCUGCAGGCACCACGUGCCAGCCCUGAGAUCAGUGAUGUGGAAACCAGUUCCCUCCACAAUAGUACCAACAGGCUAAUGCUUCCUCCCUCAGCACCUAAUCUCCAUGGUGCUUCCAGCAACACAGAAUCAGUCCACAGCAUCUACCAUGCCGAUUGCCACUUUGAGCCAAUCCGUUGCAGGUCAUCCCUCCCUCAGCCUGGCCUCAGCUUACCGAGCCCAGAGGGGCUCCCCAAGAGUAUGGUUGGCAGGAAAGUCUACCCCACCGUACACCCCAGUACCUCCCAUGAGAUGCUGAAGGAGAAAAGCUUAGGAGAACUGGCAGCUAACCCUGGGGCUGGCACGCUAACAAACCUCAACAUACCUCCUGGGCCAUACAGCACCAUGCACAAGCUCCUGGAGAACCAGAGCACCGGUGCCUGUCAGAGUUCUUGCAAGAUUACGAGCCAGUGUGGGAAACUGGACAGUGGUUCCUGCAACCCAGACAGCUGCCCCUACUGCAUCAAGACUCUGGCUAAUGACCCGGAGCUCAUGGACAACGAGCCGGUGGACUCGGACAGUGAGGGGGUGUAUGAAUUCACUCAGGACGCCCACUACAGUGACCAGCGGGACCCUCAGCGAGGGGAAAUCAGGGGCAAGAAAAUGAGCCGGUUCUUGGUGUUCUGGAACAUAGUGUGCGAAACGUUCAGGAAGAUUGUGGACAGCAAGUACUUUGGGCGCGGGAUCAUGAUCGCCAUCCUGAUCAACACCCUCAGCAUGGGGAUUGAGUACCACGAGCAGCCUGAGGAGCUCACCAAUGCCCUGGAGAUCAGCAAUAUAGUCUUCACAAGUCUCUUUGCUCUGGAGAUGCUCCUGAAGGUCCUUGUGUACGGUCCUUUUGGCUACAUCAAAAAUCCAUACAACAUCUUUGAUGGGAUCAUUGUAGUGAUCAGUGUCUGGGAGAUCGUGGGCCAGCAAGGCGGGGGCCUGUCGGUUCUACGGACCUUCCGUCUCAUGCGAGUCCUAAAACUGGUCCGGUUCAUGCCUGCCCUCCAGCGCCAGCUUGUGGUCCUCAUGAAGACCAUGGACAAUGUGGCCACCUUCUGCAUGUUACUGAUGCUCUUCAUCUUCAUCUUUAGUAUUCUAGGGAUGCAUCUCUUCGGCUGUAAGUUUGCUUCUGAGAGAGACGGGGACACCCUUCCUGAUAGGAAAAACUUUGACUCCUUGCUCUGGGCCAUCGUCACUGUUUUCCAGAUCCUGACGCAGGAAGACUGGAACAAGGUUCUCUACAACGGCAUGGCUUCCACCUCUUCCUGGGCUGCUCUCUACUUCAUCGCCCUCAUGACAUUUGGGAAUUAUGUUCUCUUUAACCUCCUGGUGGCCAUCCUGGUGGAGGGUUUCCAGACUGAGGAAAUCACCAAGCGAGAAGAAGCGAGUGGGCAGUUAAGCUGUAUUCAGCUGCCUGUCGACUCGUCGGUGGGAGAUGCGUCUAAGUCUGAUUCUGAGGGGGAUGUUUUCCCCCCAAGCCUGGAAGAAGAGGGUGGACUUAAGAAACACUUGUCAAACCCAGCCUUGAUGGCCUUGAGUGACCACCCCGACCUGAAGAAAAGUCUGACUCCACCCCUCAUCAUACACACAGCUGCCACCCCAAUGCCAAUGCCAAAGAGUGCCAUGUUUGGAGAUGCAGCUCAAGGCUAUGAGUCUCGCCGGGCCAGCAGCGUCUCCAUGGAUCCCAGUGCCCACGAAUUCAAAUCUCCAUCCAGCAUACGGAGCUCUCCUCACAGCCCUUGGAGUGCAGCCAGCAGCUGGAAUAGUCGCCGGUCAAGUUGGAACAGCAUUGGGCGAGCUCCCAGCCUAAAGCGCCGGGGCCAGAGUGGGGAACGCAAGUCGCUGCUAUCUGGAGAUGGGAAGGAGAGUUCAGAGGAUGGGGAAAGCUCUGACGAGGAGCAGUCCAGCCGGGCUGGGAGCGUCAAUGGCUCUUUACCUCACCGCAUGGAAUCACUGGAAGCGAAAGGCUCAUUUGACCUCCAGGACACCUUGCAGGUGCCUUCCCUUUACCGAACCAGCAGCAUGUACAGCAGCCGAACCUCUGCAUCAGAGCAUCAAGACUGCAAUGGGAAAACUUCCGCAGGGGCCCUGUUACAUCAGUUCCAUUUGGAUGAUCCCAGACAAGACUGUGAUGACUGUGAUGACGAAGGCAACAUGAGCAAACGAGACCGUGCGAAGGCUUGGAUACAGGCCCGUCUGCCCACCUGGUGCAAAGAGAGAGAUUCUUGGUCUAUCUACAUCUUCGCUCCUCACUCUAAAUUCCGUCUGAUGUGCAAUAAAAUCAUCACUCACAAGAUGUUUGAUCAUGUCGUCUUGGUUAUCAUUUUCCUGAACUGCAUCACCAUUGCUAUGGAACGGCCAAAAAUUGAGCCCCACAGUGCUGAACGCAUUUUCCUAACACUCUCCAACUACAUCUUCACAGUAAUCUUCCUGGCUGAGAUGACAGUUAAGGUGGUGGCACUAGGUUUGUGCUUUGGGGAGAAGGCUUACUUGAAAAGCAGCUGGAAUGUGCUCGACGGGGUGCUCGUUCUCAUCUCGGUCAUUGACAUCUUGGUUUCAAUGGUAUCAGACAGCGGCACUAAAAUCCUCGGGAUGCUGAGGGUCUUGAGACUCCUGCGAACACUCAGGCCAUUAAGGGUCAUUAGUCGUGCGCAAGGACUGAAGCUCGUGGUGGAAACUCUGAUGUCGUCCCUUAAACCCAUUGGGAACAUUGUGGUCAUCUGCUGUGCCUUCUUCAUCAUCUUUGGGAUCUUAGGAGUCCAGCUUUUCAAAGGGAAGUUUUUUGUCUGCCAGGGGGAGGAUACCAGAAACAUUACAAACAAAUCGGACUGCGCAGAAGCCAGCUACAAAUGGGUCCGGCACAAGUAUAAUUUUGAUAAUCUCGGCCAGGCCCUGAUGUCUCUGUUUGUUCUGGCCUCCAAAGACGGGUGGGUGGACAUCAUGUAUGAUGGCCUAGAUGCUGUUGGAGUUGACCAACAGCCGGUCAUGAACUAUAACCCUUGGAUGCUCCUCUACUUCAUCUCCUUCCUGCUGAUUGUGGCUUUCUUCGUCCUCAAUAUGUUCGUGGGCGUCGUGGUGGAGAACUUUCACAAGUGUCGGCAGCAUCAGGAGGAGGAAGAAGCCAAGAGACGCGAGGAAAAGAGGCUUCGCCGGCUGGAGAAAAAGAGAAGGAAUCUAAUGCUGGAUGAUGUAAUAAUGGAGAGCUCAGCCAGUGCAGUGCAAGAAGCGCAGUGUAAACCCUACUAUUCCGAUUACUCUCGCUUCCGGCUCCUGAUCCACCAGAUGUGCACGAGCCAUUACCUGGACUUGUUCAUCACGGGUGUGAUUGGCCUCAACGUGAUCACCAUGGCUAUGGAGCACUACCAGCAGCCCAAGGUUCUUGAUGAAGCACUGAAGAUUUGCAAUUACAUCUUCACUGUCAUCUUUGUCUUGGAGUCGGUGUUCAAGCUGAUUGCCUUUGGGUUUCGCCGGUUCUUUCAAGACAGAUGGAACCAAUUAGACCUGGCAAUAGUGUUGCUGUCUAUCAUGGGUAUAACUUUGGAAGAGAUCGAAGUGAAUGCAUCGUUGCCCAUUAACCCCACUAUUAUCCGGAUCAUGAGGGUCCUAAGGAUUGCUCGAGUGUUGAAGUUGCUGAAGAUGGCUGUAGGGAUGAGAGCCCUGCUGGACACAGUCAUGCAAGCCCUGCCUCAGGUUGGCAACCUGGGUCUUCUCUUCAUGCUGCUGUUCUUCAUAUUUGCAGCUCUUGGAGUGGAGCUCUUUGGAGAUCUUGAAUGCAAUGAUACUCACCCCUGUGAGGGGCUUGGGCGGCAUGCAACAUUUAGAAACUUUGGGAUGGCCUUUUUGACUCUCUUCCGAGUGUCAACUGGAGACAACUGGAAUGGGAUAAUGAAGGACACACUACGAGACUGUGACCAGGAGUCUACCUGCUACAACACAGUCAUCUCACCCAUCUACUUCGUCUCCUUUGUGCUGACGGCCCAGUUUGUCCUGGUGAAUGUGGUGAUUGCAGUGCUCAUGAAACACUUGGAGGAGAGCAACAAGGAAGCUAAGGAAGAAGCGGAGCUAGAAGCAGAGCUGGAGAUGGAGAUGAAGACGAUAGCUCCAGGCCAACACCCUUCCUCGGACCUCUUUGCGUGGACAGGCGGUAAUGGUGGAGAUAGGCCUGAGAGCCCCAAAGGAUGUACCAAUCCCAUGCAAAUCAAGGUGGAUUCUCAGCUCUCAUUAUUUUAUCCUAUGGAAAGGCACUUGUUUGAUACCCUAUCACUGCUGAUCCAGGAAUCUCUGGAAGGAGAGUUGAAGCUGAUGGACAACCUGUCAGGCUCUGUGUGCCAUCAUUAUGCCCUUCCAGCUCCUGAAUAUUACAACUCUGAGAAACAGAUCCCUCUAGCUGAGAUGGAGGCUCUGUCUCUGACGUCAGAUAUUCUCUCUGAAAAAUCCUGGUCCUUAGCUCUGACGGAUGACUCUUAUCCUGAUGAUACUAACACACUCUUACUUAAUGCUCUGGAAAGCAAUCAACAGAGGCACCCCAGUGCUUUGCCCAGCAAGGACCUCCUGAGUGUGAGAAAGCCUUCCGUUGGCCGCACACAUUCAUUGCCAAAUGACAGCUAUAUGUUUCAACCUCCAUACUCUGGCCCCUGUGCUGGCACCCCGGGAGAGAGGAAGCCAUCCUAUCUCAAAUCUCAGUCAGGCUCAAAGACAUCUGUGCAGUCCCAGCCUGCAGACACCAGUUCUCUCCUGCAAAUCCCAAAAGUAAAUUUUCACCGCAUACGACCUCAUGACAAUCUAGAUGGGGAGGGUAGACCCAAGACUCCCCGGCCUGCGCACUCUCCUUCUGCAGAAAGAUUGCUUCGCAGACAGGAUUCAAACAUUACAGUGCAAACUGAUAAUCCAGACCUAACACCGUGUUUUCAGAAUACCAUCCUUGCUUGGAUCCCCAGUAUUUACCUCUGGACGGCCUUCCCUUUUUAUAUCCUUUAUCUGAAACACUACAAGAGAGGAUACAUCAUACUCUCUGUGUUGAGCAGGCUCAAGACGUUUUUAGGCGUUCUGCUUUGGUGCGUCUGCUGGGCAGACUUGUUCUACUCUUUUCAUGAACUCCUGCAAAGCAGAACUCCACGCCCCGUCUAUUUUGUAACUCCCCUAAUUCUUGGCAUCACAAUGUUAUUAGCUGCGAUCCUCAUUCAGUACGAACGACUGCGUGGAGUUCAGUCCUCUGGCAUACUCAUUGUGUUCUGGUUUCUAUCUAUCCUCUGUGCUCUGGGCCCCUUCCGAUCGAAAAUCAUGUCUGCAACGACACAGGGCCAGGUGAAAGACAGAUUUAGGUUUGUAACAUUUUACAUCUACUUCGUAUUGAUAAUCAUUGAGUUGAUCCUUUCGUGCUUUAAAGAAAGGCCUCCAUUUUUCUCCCCCGUUAAUACAGACCCGAAUCCAUGUCCAGAGUUGAAUUCAGGCUUUCUUUCAAGGUUAACAUUUUGGUGGUUUACAAGCAUGGCAAUUCUUGGUUACAAAAGGCCACUUAAAGAAAAAGACCUAUGGUCACUGAAUGAAGAUGACACCUCGAAAGUGGUCGUUGGACAGCUGCAAAAAGAGUGGGAUAAACAAAAAGCAGACUGCAACCAGAAAGAGGCCAUGGCAUACGUGAAGAAAUCUAGCCAUGUGCUGAACCAUGUUGGUGAUGGCCCCAAUGAAGCAGAACCUUGGAUUGACAAUAAGAAACAGCAUAAACAGCCCUCCUUCCUCAAAGCAUUGCUACGGGCCUUCGGGCCAUACUUCUUAAUUGGCUCUUUCUACAAGCUGAUCCAAGAUCUACUUGCUUUUGUCAACCCUCAGUUGUUAAGUGUGUUAAUUGCCUUCAUUAAGAAUAAAGAUGCUCCGUCCUGGUGGGGAUUUUUCAUUGCGACUCUGAUGUUCAUCUGUGCCAUGUUGCAGACACUAAUCCUUCACCAGCAUUUCCAGUACUGUUUUGUUACUGGGAUGAGGCUGAGAACAAGCAUCACUGGGAUGAUCUAUAGAAAGUCCUUAGUCAUCACCAACUCAGCAAAGCGCACCUCCACUGUGGGAGAAAUUGUCAACCUGAUGUCAGUGGAUGCCCAGCGGUUCAUGGAUCUGACGACUUUCCUGAACUUGUUGUGGUCUGCGCCACUUCAGAUCAUUCUAGCUUUUUACUUCCUCUGGCAGACUUUGGGGCCUUCAGUAUUGGCAGGAGUUGCAGUGAUGAUCUUGCUAAUCCCAUUCAAUGCUGCAAUUGCUAUAAAAACUAGAGCAUUCCAGGUGGAACAGAUGCAGCAUAAAGAUUCCCGCAUUAAGCUGAUGAAUGAGAUCCUGAGUGGCAUAAAGGUGCUGAAGCUGUAUGCUUGGGAACUUUCCUUUAAGGAGAAAGUGCUGGAGAUACGAAAGAACGAGCUGCAUAUUCUGAAGAAAGCAGCCUAUCUAAAUGCUUUGUCCACUUUUGCGUGGGUCUCCGCACCGUUUCUGGUUGCACUGACCACGUUUGCAGUCUAUGUCUCUGUGGAUGAAAACAACGUCCUGGAUGCACAGAAAGCUUUUGUCUCCCUCUCCUUGUUCAAUAUCUUAAGGUUUCCACUCAACAUGCUUCCACAAGUCAUUAGCAACAUUGCACAGACAAGCGUGUCCCUAAAGAGAAUUCAGCACUUCCUGUGUCAUGAUGAACUUGAUCCAAAUUGUGUGGAAACAAAAAAGAUUACUCCAGGCUAUGCCAUCACUGUAACAAAUGGGACUUUCAGCUGGGCAAAGGAGCUCGAGCCAGCUCUGAAAAAUGUUAAUUUGCUGGUCCCCAGUGGCUCUUUGAUUGCUGUUGUUGGCCACGUUGGCUGUGGGAAGUCAUCUCUUAUAUCUGCUGUCCUUGGUGAAAUGGAAAAGCUAGAAGGGGAAGUGGCAGUCAAGGGCUCUGUUGCUUAUGUGCCACAGCAAGCCUGGAUCCAGAAUGCAACCCUGAAGGACAAUAUUUUGUUUGGCCAGCCUUCUAAUGAACACAAGUACCAAAAUGUUCUAGAGGCCUGUGCUUUAAAAACUGACCUUCAAGUGCUUCCAGGAGGUGAUCAAACUGAGAUAGGAGAAAAGGGCAUCAACCUCUCAGGGGGUCAGAGGCAGAGAGUUAGCCUUGCUCGUUCGGUGUUCAGCGAUGCUGAUGUCUACCUGUUAGACGAUCCUCUCUCGGCUGUGGAUUCCCAUGUUGCAAAGCACAUCUUUGAUAAAGUUAUCGGACCAGAAGGAGCACUUAAAGAAAAGACCCGAAUUUUGGUGACCCAUGGCAUUAGCUUUCUACCUCAGGUGGACCAUAUAGUCGUCAUUGUAGAUGGCAGGAUCUCUGAAAUGGGAUCCUAUCAAGAGCUUUUGAAGCAAAACGGAGCUUUUGCAGAAUUCCUUCGAAAUUAUGCACCUGAUGAAGACACAGAAGAGGAUGAGCCAACAAUGCUAGAGGAAGAAGAAGUCUUGCUUGCUGAAGAUACACUCAGCAACCACACCGAUCUCACAGAUAAUGAGCCAGUGACAAAUGAAGUCCGCAAGCAGUUCCUAAGGCAAAUGAGUGUGAUAUCUUCAGAGGUGGGAGAACGUCCCAGUAAGAUGUCAACGAGAAGAAGAGUAUGUGAAAAUAAGCCAGUAGAGGCUCUGUCAACAAGAAAAAAACCCUCAGACAAACUUAUUCAGGCGGAAACUACUGAAACGGGAACCGUCAAGUUGACAGUAUUUUGGCAGUACAUGAAGGCCAUCAGUCCCAUAGUAUGUGUAAUGAUAUGUUUCCUGUAUUGCUGUCAAAAUGCUGCUGCGAUCGGGGCCAAUGUAUGGCUCAGCGACUGGACCAAUGAACCUGUGAUAAAUGGAACUCAGCAUAACACAAGCACGCGACUCGGUGUCUAUGCUGCCCUGGGCCUCUUGCAAGGCGUCCUAGUGCUCAUCUCUUCCUUCACCCUGGCAAUGGGUGGCAUCAAUGCAGCCCGAAAGCUUCACACUGCACUGUUGGAGAACAAAUUUCACACCCCCCAGUCUUUCUUUGAUACCACGCCAACAGGUCGAAUCAUCAACCGCUUCUCUAAGGACAUAUAUGUGAUUGAUGAAGUGUUACCACCUACCAUCUUGAUGUUCCUACAAACCUUUUUCACCUCUUUGCAAACCAUGAUUGUCAUAGUAGCAAGCACUCCACUCUUUGCUGUGGUUAUUAUACCCCUAGCAAUACUAUACUUCUUUGUCCAGCGGUUCUAUGUGGCCACCUCGCGUCAGCUAAAGCGCCUGGAGUCUGUCAGCAGAUCCCCCAUUUAUUCCCAUUUUUCGGAAACAGUCUCAGGGACCAGUGUCAUCCGAGCCUAUGGAAGAGAGAAAUCCUUCAUACACAUCAGCGACAUAAAAGUAGAUGAAAAUCAGAAAAGUUAUUAUCCCGGCAUUGUAUCGAACAGGUGGCUGGGUAUUCGAGUUGAAUUUGUAGGAAGUUGUGUUGUCUUCUUUGCUGCUCUCUUUGCCGUAUUGGGUAAAAACAGCCUGAAUGCUGGCCUUGUAGGACUUUCGGUAUCCUAUGCAUUACAGGUGACAGUGGCUCUGAAUUGGAUGGUACGGAUGGCUUCUGACCUUGAAAGCAACAUUGUAGCUGUCGAAAGAGUGAAAGAGUAUUCAGAAACUGAGACCGAGGCUCCCUGGAUAAUUGAAGACAAGAGGCCACCAGAAGACUGGCCGGCCAAAGGGGAGGUAGAGUUUGUUAACUACUCAGUGAGGUACAGGAAAGGCCUAGAUCUGGUACUGACGGACCUAAGCCUCAGGGUGAACGGUGGAGAAAAGAUAGGAAUUGUUGGAAGAACGGGAGCUGGGAAGUCUUCCAUGACCCUCUGUCUCUUCAGGAUCCUGGAAGCUGCAAAGGGAGACAUUAAAAUAGAUGGUGUGAGAAUUUCAGAGAUUGGUCUUCACGACCUACGAUCCAAGCUCACAAUUAUUCCCCAGGACCCAGUUCUUUUUUCUGGAACGCUGAGAAUGAAUCUGGAUCCAUUUAAUAGUUACUCAGAGGAAGAAAUAUGGACAGCUCUUGAACUGUCGCACUUGAAGAGGUUUGUCAGCAGUCAGCCGGCCAUGCUGGACUACGAAUGCUCAGAAGGAGGAGAGAACCUUAGUGUUGGUCAAAGACAGCUGGUCUGCUUGGCAAGAGCCCUCCUUCGCAAAACAAGAAUCUUAGUUCUGGAUGAAGCAACUGCAGCAAUUGACCUUGAGACAGAUGAUUUAAUUCAGAUGACAAUAAGAACUCAAUUUGAAGAUUGCACUGUAUUAACAAUAGCACACAGACUGAACACAAUUAUGGAUUAUACAAGGGUCCUGGUUCUAGACAAAGGAACUAUAGCUGAAUUCGAUACACCAACAAGACUUAUAGCAUCAAGAAAUAUUUUCUACAGUAUGGCCAAAGAUGCUGGACUGGCAUAACAAAACUUUUUUAUACCACUUAAAGCAACCCAUGAGUUUACUGUAUUUUACAGAAUGGUCUUUGUAGCAGACUAAGCUUGUGAUAUAAAACUAUGUAUUUUAUACCCACAGUGCCCAAACGUGAAUUUUAUAUUUUUUAAACUAUUUUCUAUAUAUAUAUGUAUAUGAAGAAUUUCAUUAAUGGCUUUUUUCCUCAAAGAAUGCCAAGUAUGCUGCCAGGAAAAUGUAUGUACAAGGUAACAUGUACUGUAUUCUGAUUUAUCAUUAGAAAUUAAAACUAAUGAUACAAAAUA